UUACACAGCUACUCAGGAGAAACGAAAUGAUCUGCCCUGGAGCCGCAGCAAAAUGCUGGAUGGACACCUACUCCUGGGAUGGUUAUCAUUCACAGUUAUAGUGUAUCUUCUCAACUUGCCUGGACCAACCGCAGCAUAUUUCGGGUUGACAGGUAAUGAGCCGUUGUCUAUCCUGCCACUGAACUCUCUACCAGAGGAGAACAUGGGCAGGGCCCACUACAAGCUGUGCGACCGGCUCAAACUGGAAAAGAAGCAGCGCAGGAUGUGCAGACGAGACCCGGGCGUGGCGGAGACCCUGAGAGAGGCCAUCACCAUGAGCGCCCUAGAAUGCCAGUAUCAAUUCCGCUUUGAGAGGUGGAACUGCACCUUAGAGGGGCGCCACCGAGCCAACAUACUAAAGAGAGGAUUUAAAGAGACAGCCUUCCUGUACGCCAUCUCCUCAGCGGGCCUGACCCACGCGAUGGCCAAAGCUUGCAGCGCGGGACGCAUGGAGCGCUGCACGUGUGACGAGGCCCCGGACCUGGAGAACCGCAAGGCGUGGCAGUGGGGAGGCUGUGGAGACAACCUCAAAUACGCCAACAAGUUUGUCAAAGACUUCCUGGGCAAACGCUCCAACAAGGACCUGCGCGCACGUGUGGACAUGCACAACACAAAUGUGGGCAUGAAGGUAAUCAAGGCUGGAGUGGAGACCACUUGCAAAUGCCAUGGCGUCUCCGGCUCCUGCACCGUCCAGACCUGCUGGAGACAGCUUCUGCCCUUCCACGAGAUCGGCAAGCAGCUGAAGCAGCGCUACGAGACCUCCGUCAAAGUUGGCAGCUCCACCAACGAAGCGACAGGGGAGGGAGAGAUCUCCACAGGCCGGAGCCAGCAGCAACAGCAGCAGCAGCAACAACAACAACAGCAGCCGCAGCAGCCGCAGCCGCAGCCCCUGCCCGGCCUGAACGAUCAGAUCCCUCGCACUAUGGACCUGCUCCACAUCGAGGACUCGCCCAGUUUCUGUAGACCCAGCAAGUACUCGUCGGGCACAGCAGCCCGCAAGUGCUACAAGGAUAAGAACUGCGAAGCUAUCUGCUGCGGGCGAGGCCACAACACUCAAAGUAGGGAGGUGACCAGGCCCUGCCAGUGCCAGGUGCGCUGGUGCUGCUACGUCGAAUGCAAGCAGUGCACACAGAGAGAAGAGGUGUAUACCUGCAAAGGGUAACCCAGUCACCAGUCAGUUGCAGUGGAGCAAGUGAAAGAUGGCCGUGUUGAAAAGGAGUGGUUGUUUUGUUCUCAAACAAGGUUUUGCUUCCACUGUCGGAACAGUGUCUGAACGAAGAGGAGCGAGCCGAUGGAGAAGCAAUAAGCACUUUGAGGGAUUUCUGUGGGUUGGGGUUCAGAGGCCCUGUGACCCCCUGUGUCGGGGGUUUGCAGAGUUAUUAAAAAAAAAAAAAAAAAAAAAAAAAAAAAAAAAAAAAAAAAAAACCUUCUCAGACAACUGGGUCAACAUCUCAAGCUUUUUUGUCACGGUGUUGCCUUGAAGAGAGUAGCUUUUAUUUUCCUAUUAACAAAAAUCUAUUUGCAUCUUCACACAAGAAAGCAGAAAGAAAACAAAGAUUAGCAUCCAGUUAUUGAGGAUCCAAUUCAAGGACAGUAACACCAACAGACUGGUUUCUGGGGUCUUGCCUCAAGAAGAAUGGUGUGUGUGUGUUUGUCAAUUUUUUUACGCGUGUGUUUGUAUGUGAGCACGUGAUAGAUAACGAAGGGGGAGGGGGGGCUUGAAUGACGACUUUUAUGGCAAUGAAAACUAUAUUCAGAGACUGCGAAAAAAAAAGACAGGGUGUAAGAUUUUCUCUACACGCACAUAUUUACACUCACACACAUUGUGUGUUUGCAUAUGUAUGUACAUAAAUUCAGUUAUAUUGUAAUGAUACUAUACAAGCCACUUAUCUAACUAUGUUAAAACAAACCACUAACCACACAAAUGUAUGUUGUUUGUGUGCUCUCGCUCGUUUUUCUUCUUGAUUCAUGUUGACAAGGCCCUUUGGAAAGCAGCACACUUGUGUCCGUCGUCUUGCUGUGGAUAAUUUAUAGAUCCUUUGGGACUACUCCUUCACAGGGAGAAAAAAAAAUCUAAUUUUUUCUUUUCUUUUUUUUUUGUAAUAUAAUAUGAAGCUGUUAGUAAAUGCAUUAACAGAACAUAACUAAACCAGUCAGUUUAGGCUAUUCUCGGCCUUGAGCGAACCAGUGUUCAGGGAAUAACUUAAACCACUAUAACUAUUUGGAUAUAAUAGAGAGAAAUAGUGCAAAUACAAAUAAUAUCCAAGUUGGAGAUGACAAUGGCCUUGUUAUUAUAGCCAAUAGCGUUGCAACAGGUGAUUAUUUGUCCAGCGAACGGUCCAUGUGUGACUCAAAAAUUGUGGAGCUCUGCAGAGCUUAAAUCUACUUAUUAGGACUUUUUUUGUUUAACUUUGAAUACUUUGAAGUUGUAAAGAAAACUGUGGAGAACUGGAGGAAUGUAGCCCCCUACCAUUUCACAUCCUUCUUUCCUCUUCAGCUGCCACGAUUUGAUUGAGCCAUAUUCAACGUGUAGACAUGCAGCAUUUACAGCGGGUGCCGCAUCAGUCAGUCCAAACAGUAUGGGGCACCUGAGACGGAAAUCUAACUUGCAGAAUUGCUCAAGUGAAGAUGAAAGCGUAAGCCUCAUAGCUAAUAUAAAUAUAUUUUAUAGGACUAAUAUUUGCGUAGUGUUCAGCAAAUUGAGUCUAAAUGCAAACAUUGGGGUUUUGCAGAUUUGCUGUCUUCAUUCAGAAGUCAGUGUCGGUGUUGAGUUAAUUUGCUUUUUCGUGUUGUUGCUUGGUGCACAGUGACACAGUUAACACAAUGCAGCAUACUGAACCCUGCCAUGCAACUACAGUGAAGUAAUAGUUUGACGUUUUGGCAAAUACACUUUUCUUUCUUGCCGAGAGUUAGAUGAUUGAUACCACUUAAGGCUACAGCUAGCUGUCAGUUAGCUUAGUUUAGCAUAAAUAGACAGAGAGAGACAGCUAGCCUGGCUCUGUCUGAGGAAACGCCCUGUAAAACUACAACUUGUCAUUAUUACAUUGGUUUGGUUUAUUUACAGAUUGAUCAAACAGGGUACAAUGUGUUAAUUAGGUUUGAGUCGUUACCGUCAGCUGUCUACCCUCAUUUCCUCAUGUCUUUAUGCUCGGCUAAGCUAACCACCUGUUAGCUGUACUUUCAUAUUAACAGACAGAUAUGUGAGCGGAUUCGCUUUUCUCACCUAAUUUUCCAGAGGAAAGCAAAUAAGUGUUUUGCCCAAAAUGUCAAAUUAUUGUUCUAAGACAUAACCAUGAAGUCAAAGGUUUAAUUUUAUGAGAAAUGCCUCUGUACACACAAAUGCAGACAAUAAUAUUUCAUUGUAUUCUCAGCACUUAGCUUCUGGGAACAUUACGUUAUAUGCUAUAAGAUAUAGGACCUUAUAUGCCUCGUUUUCGAUGGGUGUGAAUUAACUACUGAGUGAGGGACCCAGCUUUGUAUUAUAGCGCCAUUCACGCACUGAAGCCCAAAAGCCCUUUAAAGUAUUUAAAGUUCUGUAUUUAUAGAUACAGUACAGUACAGAAUAUCUUUUUUUUUUUUUUUUUUAAAUUGUAAAUAGCAAAGGUUUCGUCUCCUGUGGUAUAAAGACAAAAGUGAGGCACAUGUUCCACUCUCACAAGCAACUGAAACAGAAAUUGGUAUCAAUAUGAAACGUUGGGGCAAGGCAUUGUCGGAAAACAGCACGCAGCUGCUGUAACAACACAGUUACAGAUUGUACAGUGAUAUAGCACCAUGCCAAAACAUCCUUAAAAAUUUCUAAACAGAUGGUUUAGCGUUCAAAGUUGAUUAUCAUACAUGAUAUUUGAAAUCAAACCAUUAUCCUCUACAGCAGAAAUCAUGCUUUAGGAAGAGAGCCUUGCUUGGCUUAUUUGUCCUAAGGAGAUGAAUUCCAAGCAUUUUGAUAUGAGGAGGCAUGCCAAAUAAAGACUGGUCAAAACAUAUACAUAGAACUUUGCACGCUACAUGGAAACCAUAAUAGCUAUGCUGAGACUCGAAGCAUAAAUGCCUGCUUCCCACAGCUUCUGGUGUGUGCGUCCCCCCCCCCCCCCCCCCCACACACACACACACACACGUACACACAUACACACACACUCCUCGGCCCAAACACACUCUACUAUUGAACGGAUUCGAAACAGGCAUGACAGGAAUACUAAAUGCACACUGAGUGCAUUUUUGUUUGUUUAUAGAUUGUACAUAGGCCUAAAAUUUCUCCCGAGGAGCAUGAUGCAGCAGCCAGUUGGUUUUUAGAUGUCACAGUCGUCCAUAUUCUCAAAUCCAAAACUCUGCACUGUUUAGUCGUCAGUGGAUCAUGUACAAAAUUCUAUUUUGUAGAAAAAAAAGUAAAAGAUAAAUUAUUUUUAAAUAUAUUAUGAGCAUGUGUUUAGUGUAAAUAACGUCAAAGUCUAAAUUGAUUUUAUAUCCUGUAUUUUUUACUGUUUUUUCUUUCGGGUGUUUGUUCCUUUCGGGGUGGAGGCUUCAAGAAGCAGUGUAUACUUUAAACAUAUUUCAUUUCAUAUCUCAAUGUUUGCUGUUGACUGAGCACUAACAAAUCCUAACAAAUUUAGAAUCAACUCACCUUUAGCUGUCUUUCAUUCAUUCACACAAUAAUGAGACUUUUCCGAAAGUAUUCACAAUCGUCAACAAUAUUUUUAAUAGGAUUUGAUCUGUUUGCAUAAUUGACUAUUUUGUGAAAAAGACUCUGGCUUUGUAAUGUUGCCCAUGUGACACAGUAUAAACUGAUGAUGUUGAUGAUUUAUACUCAACUUUGGAUCAAUUUACAUGUACAUGUACUUUUUGUUAGGAUUUGUGCUGUGCUUGUAAAAACAAAGAUAAAACACACCAACACACGUAUUACCCUUUUGUGAUGAUACUACACCAACAAAGCUUUGUCCAUGUUCACUUAUUCAUGUCUUAUGGGAACCCUAAAUUAUUUUCCUCUACCUCAUGUGUAUAGCUUGUAGGUAUAAACAGAUCACAAAUGACUGGUAAGAAUGUAUUUAAGUUAUUUAACAUCUUUGUAUAACAAAGGCGAAAGAAAUCUGAAAUAAUAAAUGAAUUUUUAAAUUA